AUAAACAACAAACAGCGAAACUCUCACUGAGUGAAAAACUAAUAGUAAAAAAAUUUAUUAAAAAAAAUUUGUACUAUAGCUUGGGUAUACUUACAACUAGAAAGCCAAUCACUUAACAAUGGGUAGAGUUAUUCGUAACCAAAGAAAAGGUGCUGGUUCUAUCUUCACCUCUCACACCAGAUUGAGAAAAGGUGCUGCUAAGUUAAGAACCUUAGAUUACGCUGAAAGACACGGUUACAUCAGAGGUGUCGUUAAGCAAAUCUUACAUGACCCAGGUAGAGGUGCUCCAUUAGCCAAGGUUGUUUUCAGAGACCCAUACAAGUAUAAAUUAAGAGAAGAAACUUUCAUUGCUAAUGAAGGUGUUUACACUGGUCAAUUCAUUUACGCUGGUAAGAAAGCUACCUUAAAUGUUGGUAACAUUUUACCAUUAGGUGCUUGUCCAGAAGGUACCAUUGUCUCCAAUGUUGAAGAAAAAGUUGGUGACAGAGGUGCUUUAGGUAGAACUUCUGGUAACUACGUUGUCAUCAUUGGUCACAAUACUGAUGAAGGUAAGACUAGAGUUAAAUUACCAUCUGGUGCUAAGAAAGUCAUUUCUUCUGAUGCUAGAGGUGUUAUCGGUGUUGUUGCCGGUGGUGGUAGAACUGAUAAACCAUUAUUAAAGGCUGGUAGAGCCUUCCACAAAUACAAGGUUAAGAGAAACUCUUGGCCAAAGACUAGAGGUGUUGCCAUGAAUCCAGUUGAUCACCCUCAUGGUGGUGGUAACCAUCAACAUAUUGGUAAAGCUUCUACUAUUUCUAGAGGUGCUGUUGCCGGUCAAAAGGCUGGUUUAAUUGCCGCUAGAAGAACCGGUUUAUUAAGAGGUACUCAAAAAACUCAAGAUUAGAUUAAUUAA